GCAUAGACCAUUUUGUUUGUUCUCUCCCUGCCCUCCAGAAAGGACUGAACUCCCUCGAUGAUGAUUUAGGGUCUGAAAAGAAUAAUCAAAUAUGAUCAAGACCCGGAGCUUAAAACAUGUGCUGUGUUUGGUUUGUUCGAUAAUUCUCAAUAUCUUCUUUCUUUUUAAAGUGGGUGGUGAGUGGAAUCUGAGUUGGAGCAAAACGGCAGCGACCGAAGCUGAGGCUGUGGCAGCAAUACCAUGCUCGGGACAUGGAAGAGCCUACUUGGAUGGUUUGGUUCUUGAUGGAAAUAAAGGACCAGUUUGUGAGUGCAACACUUGCUAUGGAGGCCCUGACUGUUCUCAGUUCUUCCCUGACUGUUCUGCAAACGCUAACGGUGGGGAUCCUUUAUUCUUGGAGCCCUUCUGGAUGCAGCAUGCAGCCAGCAGCGCACUUCUAGUAGCAGGGUGGCACCGGAUGAGCUACUCGUAUGAUGAUCAGUCUACCAUCUCUAAAGAGCUCGAGAGACACAUCCGCAAACUACAUGAUAUUGUAGGAAAUGCAGCCACGGAAGGAAGAUAUGUUGUAUUUGGUGCCGGCUCAACCCAACUCCUUAGUGCUGCGGUUUAUGCUUUAUCUCCAGAUAACUCCUCGUCGCCUGCCAGGGUGGUGGCUUCAAUCCCUUUUUAUCCGGUUUAUGAAAUGCAAACGGACUUUUUUCAAUCAGUAGAUUUCCAUUUUCAAGGGGAUACAUCCUUUUGGAAGAACAAUUCAGACACCGAUACAGAAAUAAUCGAGUUUGUAACUUCACCAAACAAUCCUGAUGGGCAGCUGAAUACGGCUGUCCUCCAUGGCCCAAAUGUCAAAGAAAUCUAUGACCAUGCGUAUUAUUGGCCACAUUUUACAGCAAUUCCAGCUCCGGCAGAUGGUGAUGUGAUGAUAUUCACUCUUUCUAAGCUUACUGGUCAUGCUGGAUCUAGAUUCGGGUGGGCAAUCAUCAAGGACAAGGACAUCUACCAGAGAAUGUUAACCUACCUAACCUUAAAUACCCUGGGAGUUUCUAAGGAUAGUCAGUUAAGAGCUUUAAAACUUCUAAAAGUAGUUCUUGCAACGGGAGGAAGGGAGAUAUUUGAAUUUGGACACGAGACAAUGAGGAAACGCUGGGAAAAAUUGAACAAGGUCAUUUCAACGUCUAAACGCUUCUCUCUGCAAAAAAUCACGCCCAAGUACUGCACCUACUUCCAGCAAAUCAGGGGAGCUUCACCAGCUUACGGGUGGUUGAAGUGUGAGAAUCAAGAAGAUAAACACUGUUAUGCAGUCCUGCAAGCAGAUGCCAAUAUCACUGGCCGUCAAGGCAGUAUUUUCUUCGCAGAAGAUCGUUAUGUGCGCCUGAGCCUCAUCAGAAGCCAAGAUGAUUUCGAUUUACUGCUCGACAAAUUAAACGGGGUAGUCGCAGGAGAGGAAGGUGCUAGAACCAUGUGAAGGAUGUGGCCCACAUCACAGCUACCAAGGUCAUGUUUAUUGACCUUGUAUAUAAAUGUGCACGUUCAUCCAUUACUGGUCGCGUCUCUAUUUUUUUAUGAUAGAUUUAUUGAUAGUCAUUGAGGUAAAUUCUGUUUACCUGUUUGACUUUUAUGUAUUGUUAGCUAGAAAGGAGACGUCAUGUCUAUUGACGCGUCCUAUUCAUGAAUGUCUACGUAGGUGGCUUGAAUUCGCAUGCCACAGCUUGGCUGCUUCUGUUAAUGCUGAGACUGCAGAACACUGCUUCGUGUAUUUGUAAUAAUGUCGAUUUGCCAUAUGUUUCUGUUGUUGAUUAGGAUAAUUGAUGUUUGACGUAUCUUUAUAA